CGGCGCUCCAGACGAGCCGGGCGCCGCCGAUGCAGGCGGGCAGGGAGGCGCCGGCGAGGAGCUGACCCACGGAGGAUGGAGAGCCGCGCCGGCCGGCCACGGUGUGUGAGAAAAUGGUAGUGCAACCGUGAGACAAUGCACUACACAAUGACAUGUUGUCUUCCGGUCCUGGUCCUCCACUGCGUUCUCCUUAGCACUGCCCUGGUUGCCGCUUGCCCAGCUCGUUGCGAGUGCGUCCCUCAGAUCAAGUCGGUCAUCUGCCACCGCAAGCGCUUGACCUCCAUACCUGAGGGGAUACCAACAGAAACAAAGAUCCUGGAGCUGAACAAGAACCGCAUACGCUGCCUGAACUCGGGGGACUUGGCCCCGUAUCCUCUACUGGAAGAGCUCGAUUUCAGUGAGAACAUCAUCACAAAUGUGGAACCGGGGGCUUUCAGUAAUCUCCUCAACCUGCAGACUUUGCGGUUGCGCGGCAACCAGCUCAAACUGAUCCCACUGGGUGUCUUCAGUAAACUGUCCAAUCUCACUCUUCUGGACAUAAGUGAGAACAAAUUAGUCAUCCUUUUGGACUACGUCUUUCAAGACCUGAGGAAUCUGAAGACCCUGGAAGUGGGAGACAAUGACUUGGUGUAUAUUUCCCGAAAGGCUUUCUCCGGCCUGGUCAGUCUUCAGCAGCUGACCAUAGAGAAGUGUAACCUGACCGGCAUCUCAGCCGAAUCCCUCUCACGCCUCCAAAACCUAGAGGUCCUCCGCCUCCGACACCUCAGCGUUGCCUCAAUAGAUGAUCAGAACUUUAAGAAGCUUUAUAAUCUUUGGCAGCUGGAAGUUGAAAAUUGGCCGCUCCUGGAGGACAUUUCACCGAACGGCUUCCAGGGAUUAAACCUCACCUCCCUCUCCAUAACUUACACCAAUAUCACAGUGGUGCCCACAGCUGCCUUGAGGAACCUGGUCCAUCUCAUGUACCUCAAUUUGUCCUACAACCCCAUCAGCACUGUGCCCAAGGGGGCCUUCAAGGAUCUUUUUCGGCUUAGAGAGCUCCACAUGGUGGGUGCCCUUUUGGUCUUGGUUGAACCUCAGGCGCUCUUUGGCUUGAGGCAGAUUCGCCUCGUCAAUCUAUCCAACAACUUCUUGUCCACUCUGGAAGAAAGCACCUUCCACUCGGUGAACACACUGGAAACUCUCAGAGUAGACCGGAACCCUUUGGUCUGCGACUGCCGUCUCCUCUGGAUCCUUCAGCGCCGCAAGACGCUGAACUUUGACGGACAACCUCCAAUGUGUUCCUCGCCACCUGAGAUACAGGGGAACGCCCUGCAAGAUUUCCCAGACUCUGUCCUCUUCGAAUAUUUCACCUGCCAAAAGCCCCAAAUAAGGGACCGAAAGCUCCAGCAUAUCACAGCUUACGAAGGGCAGGCAGUGUCCUUUCUGUGUCGGGCCGAUGGGGACCCCAUCCCAACUAUUAUCUGGGUGUCUCCUCAGCACAGGAUGAUCACCACCAAGACUGCUGGGCGAGCCACCGUCUUGCCUAGUGGGACAUUAGAAAUCCGCUAUGCCCAGGUCCAAGACAGUGGCACCUACAUUUGCAUUGCCAGUAACGCGGGGGGCAAUGACACAUACUUUGCCACCUUGACAGUCAAAGGGCAUUCCAUUGACAGUUCCCUCUAUGCAAACAGGACCUUGUACCUCAGCGAGUUCAACGAUACUUUUCACAACAACACACAUGUUUUCUUAAAGUUUACGUUGGACCUCAAAACCAUCUUGGUGUCCACGGCCAUGGGCUGCAUCACUUUCUUAGGUGUGGUCCUCUUUUGCUUCCUCCUCCUUUUUGUCUGGAGCCGGGGCCGUGGACAGCAUAAGAACAACUUCUCUGUGGAGUACUCCUUCCGUAAGGUGGACGGCCCGACCACGACGGCGGGCCAAGGUGGUGCCAGGAAGUUCAACAUGAAAAUGAUUUGAAGAUCUGGGGAUGGGUGGGAGCCUUUCAAGGUGCCAUCUGCUGAUAUUAAGGCAGGUUGGGGUUUUUUGGGGUUUAGUAGCCACAUAGGGCAGAGGCGUAUGGCCUAUAGGGACAUGGGGUCACCCAUAUACCCGGGCACAUGCCGGGUGCCCCCCCAUGUGACAAAACAGUGUGUGACCCAGCCGCACAUCACCAAGCCCCCCCACCUCCCCGAGGCCCCCCCCCCGCCUUUGUGCAGACUGGCUUUUUUCCUCCCCAGGCAAAAGCUGGCCUGCACAGAGGCCGGGGGUGGGACUCAGUUCCCCAAGCCACUCCCCCCAAGCGCAGGGGGUGCAGGGGGCACCCCAAGAAGGUGUGUCUCCAGGCACCAUUUCCUCCUGAUACGCCUCUGACCUAGGGCUACUGGGGAAUCUUCCACUGGGGGCUUAAGUUGAUAACCCCAUAAGAAUGAAUGAUUACGGGGGACGUUGUUUCUCCAUCCAUCCAGUUCUACUUCAAGGGCUCAGAGGUGAGCAGUGAACUUGCAAAUUCACCUCCCUGAUCUUGCUGGAGACAUUAACGUAGCAGAAGCGUUCCACCUUGGGAUAGCCGUGGCUGUCUUCCUGGAGGUCUCUCUCCGAUUUACGGAUACAUCUCUCGUGCUCUCUGAACAACUGUGCUUCCAUUGCCCUGAAUUCCCCUAGUACCAAUGAGGCAUGCGCACACACAACUUGUGGUUUUGAGGUCCUCACACUGUAGCUUUUUUCUUUUUCUUCCUAGUAUCAACUAUGCAUUUCUCGAAUAACGAGAGCAUCCAUAUGUUUGGGCUUUGAAGAACCUCAUAUCGUUGUCCUUUUUUUAGUGACUAUUUUUGAAAAUCUUGAUCUAGUGCAUGGAUUCCUUUUUAAACUGUUUUAUAUGCACUCCCAACAAACAUCUUCCUGUACAGAUGAGGAUUCCAGCCCGGGGGAGCGGGGAGGGGGGGUGACACGUGACUGCUCCAUCCCAGCCCGUCUUCCCAUCCCUUUGAAGGCGAUCCAGUGAUGUGAAAGCUUGCUGGGGAGGUGUAGUGCCUUUGAGUCCUUUCUAGUCUUUUUAAUAAGGGUUUCCAGCAAAUGUUUAUCCUACCUGCCCAAAGCAAUAACGUGCUUUUUUCCCACUCAGACACAUUGAAUUGAACACAACGUCCUGGAAGCAGGAAUUAACAGGGACGGGCGAACCCUUCCGGUUAUUAGUGACCCGAAUGGAACUCCUUCCUUUCUUCUGUGGGUGCGCAUACAGAAAUUGUGCAUGCAAUGUAGGCUCACCGGCUUUGUAAGCUUGCUAGGAAGUGAAUCCCAUUGAUACUGUUGGGUUUUGGCAAGGCCGAAAGAGUGUACUUCCGGUUUCGUGGAAAGGAAAGGAAAAAGAACUGUGUGUGUAGCUUUUGUUUAAAGGAGAGCUUUUUAACAAGCAAGGGGGUUACAAUUUUCGGGGGAGGUGUUGCUGGAACUUUACUGAGUUGAAUGGGAUUGUUACAAGGUCUUCCUGGUGGACUGCAUCCUGUGUCUUGUUAGUACAGCAAGCUACAUUUCUUUUUGAAGGUCAACGUGGCGAAGGCGAGGGAGGAAACCCCGCUUGACCAAGACAACUCCUUCUUUGUUCUCAGGGUCAAAUAAAAUGUCCAGAUUUAAGGCUGGUUCCCCGGAGAUACUUCCAAGCAAGGCCUAAGGGAAAUAGCAUUCCUCAAAGUGUUUUAAUAUUGGAUAUAUCCCCCAGUGGUGGUGAACCUUUGGCACUCCAGAUGUUAUGGACUACAAUUCCCAUCAAUUCCCUCAACUGGCCAUGCUGGCAGGGGCUGAUGGGAAUUGUAGUCCAUAACAUCUGGAGUGCCAAAGGUUCGCCACCACGGCCCCAUGCCAAUAGCAGGCUCUUGUUGAUUUCUAAGGGUUAGUAGGGCAGGCUAUGAGUUUUAGAAAACAAAGCAAAUCUGCAUGAGGGAUGAGGGGUUCAGCAUCUGACUUUGCUAAACAGAGAUAUCAUUUAUGAGGAGUAUGUAUAAACUGCUUUGGGGUUUCAGCUCCUAUCAUGUUCAUCACCCUGUGACACAAGCAAAGUGAAGCAAGUGACUUGCACAUGGUAUUCCUGUAAUGGUAUUGCCUAACUAACCUGCCUCUGACCAGUCCUCAGCACAGGUAUUUCUCAUAGGUCACUUCUCCAGCCAUUGCCUUUCCGUGAUCCUUCUCAAGGGACGAAGGAACCUAGCUACAAAAAUACCAAGUACGGCUGUCAAGCACCCGAGAGACACGGAGUGAAAUUCGGAAUCGUGUAGCAAAUGAAACAAUAGCCGAAUAUCGGCACUGCUGAGUAAUAAUCAGAAAUGUGCAGCAAAUGUAAAAAUAGCCGAAUGCCGGCACUACUGAGUGGUACUCAGUUGUGUAGAAAUAGCCGAAUAUCAGCACUACUGAGUGGUAUUCAGUUAUAUAAAAAUAGCCGAAUAUCAGCACUACUGAGUGGUAGUUAUGUAAAAAUAGCCGAAUAUCGGCACUACUGAGUGGUAAUCAGUUACGUAAAAAUAGCCGAAUAUCGGCACUACUGAGUGGUACUCAGUUAUGU